AGAGUUGAGUAAAAAAAAAAGAAAAAAAAGAAAAAAACGAGAGACAGGAAGAGAGCAGAAAAUCAAGUUUCUACACAAUCAUAUGAAGCUCGACUCAUUUAGUGUUGGCUCUGCAGCUAUACGAGUACAACGUCGCUGUGUUUACUUUCUUGAUCUUGCCAACUCCACGUAGAUUGUGUGAAGAAAAAAAUUUUUUUUUCACAUUAGAUGUUCAACUGGCAUUAAAAACGAGUGAAAAAAAAAUACACAUAUAUUUUAGUUUCAUUCGACAUUUUGUUUUUUCGUUUAGUGCCCUCGUCUUAAAUUGUGUACGUAAUCAGUACAGACUGCGGAUCAUGAGUAUGUUUAACACUGUGAAUAAGUUGAGUGUCUUUACAUUCAAGGCAGUUGGUCAGCACCGAAACAUAUCCAAUGUCGGUUUCAUCGGUUUGGGCAACAUGGGCGCCUUCAUGGCGAAGAAUCUCAUCAAAAAAGGAUACAAACUCACUGUCUACGACAUAAACAGAACAGCCAUCGACAAUGUAACGAGCGCCGGUGCCAGGGGCGCCGAAAGUAUUGCCGAGGUCUCGAGAAAUUCGGAACUCGUCGUCACCAUGUUACCGAUGAACCAGCACGUGUUGUCCUGUUAUACUGACAAAGACGGUAUUAUAAGCGCAGCGAAAGAGGGUACACUGUUGGUCGACAGCAGUACGAUCGACCCUUCGGUUUCUCAAACCGUUGCCAAGGAGGCAGAAAAGAAAGGUUUGAGAUUCAUCGAUGGCCCAGUAUCGGGAGGUGUCGUCGGUGCUGAAAAUGGCACCCUGACUUUCAUGGUUGGCGGAGCAAAGUCCCAUUACGAGCAAGCCAAGGUCGUCCUCGACGCGAUGGGCUCGCGGGCCGUUCACUGCGGUGACGUUGGUAUGGGCCUCGUGGCAAAGAUAUGCAACAAUAUGCUUCUUGCCAUUUCAAUGAUUGGCGUGUCCGAAGCUUUGAACUUGGGGAAAAGGUGA